CAAUUUUCAAGAGUUAGAUAUUUUCUCUUCCUGUCGAAUGCCUGCUGCUGGCAAAAUGGUUGAAUAUUUUGAAUGCAAAGAGUUAUAUCACUUUACAUUUUAAAAACAUGUUAUGAUUUUUAACUUAUAGAAUAAGCUGACAGAAAUAACACAAAAUAUGAUGUUUUAAUUAAUUUUUUUAUUAUUACACAUACUAUCAAAGAUGCCACUUCAGAUACAGAUAUGACUGUCACUUAACCUGUGUGGUUUUUUAGUUAUUUUAACUUUGUUUUUUCAUAUUUUAGAUGGUUUUUUUGUUUAGCAUAUAUUUUUAAGCAAAAUUUGUUUUCAUUAUUAUUUACUGGUAAUAUUUACGAAUAUCUUUAUGGAAAAAAAUAUUUAAGUAAAUGUUUUGCAAACAAUCUAAAAUUUAAAUAGAUUAGAAAAUACUUAAUAACAUUUAGAGCAAUUAAUCUUUUAAUGAAAAUUAGAUACAUAUUUGGCUUCGUAAGUUAGUCCAUUUUAAUAUGUGUUUCUGACAUAUUUAUUUAAGAGGUUGGAAAAAAUCCUAACUCUUAUGUUGAUUUGUUUUUAAAUUUGUUACUAUUGCAUUCUUCAUACAAUAGAAGGAGUAUGUUUAAUAGUUUUUGGAACAUUUUCUUACCCAACGCAAUCUUAUUUAACCCCCUCCCCCAUAUUGAUAGCGUGAAAUUUGUUGAAAGAAAUCUUGAUAAUGGAGAAUUUGUUGAAAGUAAUCUUGAUAGCGUAGAAUUUGUUGAAAGUCAUGUUGAUAGUGUAGAAUAUGUUGAAAGUUAUGUUGAUAGCGUAGAAUUUAUUAAAAGUCAUCUUGAUAGCGUAGAAUUUGUUGAAAGUCAUGUUGAUAGCGUAGAAUUUAUUGAAAGUCAUUUUGAUAGCGUAGAAUUUGUUGAAAGUCAUGUUGAUAGCGUAGAAUUAGUUGAAAGUCAUCUUGAUAGCGUAGAAUUUGUUGAAAGUCAUGUUGAUAGCGUAGAAUUUGCUAAAAGUCAUGUUGGUAGCGUAGAAUUUAUUGAAAGUCAUGUUGAUAGCGUAGAGUUUGUUGAAAGUCAUGUUGAUACUGUUAAGUUUCUUGAAAAUCAAGUUGAUACUGUAAAGUUUGUUGAAAAUCAAGUUUUUCAAAAUUUUUUCAGGUACUUCGUUCUGUUAAUAAUGAAUUCAAUGGUUAAAAAUCACAAAGUGAUGUUUACCUUUUCAUUCAUAAACUAACAGCAAUGGAAAACAACACAAAUCGAUAAAAGACAUGGUGCAGAGACAUGGUGACAAACACCAGAAACUCAGUUCAAAGGGCACCAAAAUGCUGAAAAUAAAGUUGUGAAGGUACAAGUGUCUCUUCAGUACUUACUGAAGUACGAACACCUUUAAUCGUAAUUAUUUUUGCAGUUUCAUAUUGCUUGUAUGUUUGGUGGACCUAAAUUUCUUGUGAAAAUGUUACCUGUAAACAAAUUAAAUUCUCAAUUUUUAUAUGAUCAAAUUCAUUUGACUGUUGAAGCAGUUAAAGAGUCUAAUGGCAACGCAAAGACAAUCCUUGCUUGUGAUGGAAAUCGAACUAAUCAAGCAUUUUU